AUGGCCAAAGAAAUCGAGACCGAUCCCACCGUCGCCGCCCUCGAUGUCGACAAUGAAAACUACGACUCCGAAGAAGAUUCCGACUUCGAACUCGACGAAGCCGACGUCGCAGGCGACGAUUCAGGCCUUUCCUCGGAAGACGAAGAUGAAGAUGAAGUGGAUAAUAGCAGACCGACUAAGAAGCGGAGGCUUGACGCCUCCCACAAGGCAAACCUGAAGAAACGGAAAGCUGACGUUGCGGAUGAAAUGGAACUGGACUCCGGGGAUGAAGCUACGAUAUUGAAAGCGAAGCGCAAGAAGAAAAAGAAGGCGGGUGAAGAUGGUGAUGAGGAAGAUAUUGAUAUUGAGCUUUCGGAGGGUGAAGGGGGAGGGUUUGUCAAGACGAGGGCUAUGAGGAUGAAGAUGCAAGAAGAUCGAAGACCACUUGCAAAGAUAGACGGCGCAACGAUCGAUGUUGAUGCCUUAUGGGCUAAGAUGAACGCCCCGAACACAGACUCGGGUCUACUACAAAGCCAGAAACCCAUGAUAACAGAAGUUCCUGACAACGAGCCCGCUGCAAUCCAGGAAACCGAAAAACCUACAGAUGUUGCAACACAGGACAAACUACCUUCUGAAGACAUGAUAAAAAUAAAACGAACAUACAAAUUCGCCGGAGAAAUCCACACAGAAGAGAAACUGGUCCCUCGAGAUUCGGCCGAAGCAAAACUCUACUUGGCAGAAACCACGGACGUAACGCCUACCGAUUCAGCAGAUGUAUCACAAGGCGAAACAGUCACUAUAAAGCUACGACGACCACUUCGGAAGAUCUCCCGCUUCGAUCCCAAUCCUACAGGGGUUAUCAAAAAGAGCUGGGAGAAACAGGCUGUGCAAGCUAUGUCGGGCGAUGCAGACGAGCUCAAGGGACCCAAACUUAAUACAGUCGAGAAAUCGAAGCUUGAUUGGGCUCAAUACGUUGAUAAGGCUGGUAUCAAGGACGAGCUUAACGUGCACAGCAAGGCGAAAGAGGGUUAUUUGGGUCGUAUGGAUUUCUUGAACAGAGUGGAUGCAAUCAGGGAGGAAGAGAGGAGGAAUAUUCGACUCAAGGGGAUAUAA